ACAACGGCUAUCUAAAACCACUACUGCAAAAUCUCCUUCCACUUUUCCCCAUUGACUACUCUCUCUCUAUCUCUCUCUACUCUCUCUCUACCUUCCUAUUCGUUACAAACACUGAAAAAGAUUCUUUUUUGGUUGAUGGGAAAUACCUAAUCUUCACAACCCAGUGUUAUUUGAAAUCUCUAGUCUGAAGCAAAGAAAAUGGAGAGAGUUUGUGAAGAGCUAGAUGAUGCUAAAGCUGAGAUUGAGAAGCUCAAGGCAGAAUUCAAAACAACAGCAGAACUGUGUGAGAGAUUGAAGAGAACCCAUGAUGAGCAACAAACCAAAAUCCUAGAGGCAAAUGCAAAAAUCGAGAAGCAAUCUCAAGAACUCAAUGAGAAGGCGGAUGAAAUUUCUACCACGAAGCAAAUGUACGAAGAACUCAAGUCUAGUAUGAAGGAGAAAGAGGCCAUGAUCAAGCAUCUUGCCGCAUCCAAUGAUAAGCUUCGUGUCGAUUUUGAUGAGAAGCUAAGGAAAUGGGAUGAAGAAAAAAGGGAGAUGGUGUUGGCCUUCGAUGAGGCUAAUUCAAACAGCUCAGAUCAUGAGCUGAAACUCCAUGCAUAUGAGGAAGAGAUUAAAGGCCUUAAAUCCUUCCUAUCUGAUUCAGAGAAGAAGCGUUUGGAAGCGGAGAAAAAAGCCGAAGCGUGCAGAGAACUGAGGGAGAGAGAUGAUAUGUUGUUCAAACAAGAGGAGGAAAAAAGGAAGGUGGAAGAUCAGCUCAAAUGGAAGAAGGAACAGUUCAAACAUUUAGAAGAAGCCCACGAAAAGCUCCGAUGUGAGUUUCAACAAAGUAAGAAAGAGUGGGAGGUGGAGAAAUCUACAUUGAUUGAUGAGAUUUCUACAUUGCAAACAAAUCUAGAUUCUCAGACGAGAAUCUCGGAAGGCCUUCAAAGCCGAUUACAGAUGUGCAACCAAGCUUUAGCUCAUGAAGAGAGUAGAAGGAAGUAUUUGGAAGUUCAACUUUCUGAGACCAAAACAAGUUUUGAAAAUGUUUUAUCCGAUUGUGAGGAAGCAAAGUCGAAAAUCGAGUGCUUGACUGGUCAAAGGGACAAAGACAUUGCGAGUCUGAGGGACAUGUUGGGAACAAAGGAGAUGAUUCACAAAGAAAUGACGUACCAAGUUGGUAGACUUGAGCAAGAGAAUCGGGAGCUGAAAUUUUCCCUUAAAGAAAUGCAGGAAGCUCAGAUUCAAGAGGGAGGUAGUUCUUCUUCACUGUCAAAGCUCCGGAACAAACUCAAAGGGUUGGAGCAGACACAUAGAGACUGUUCUAAAAAUCUGAAAGUCAAAGAAGCCGAAUGGAGCUCUGGAUUGGAAAAAAUGGAAGGGGACUUGACUAACUGCAGGUUUGAGUUAGAGAGCAAAGAUAGAACUAUAAAGGAACUCAACAUUGAGUUAGAGGGUUAUCGGUCUUUGGUCAUGCAUUUCGAGUUGCAGAAUGAGGAGAAAACUCUGAUGUUAAUGGUUUUGAAGUCAGAAAUUUCGGAAGCUCAGUUAAAGCUUGCCGAUGAGAUGGAAAAUAUCAAUCUGAAAUACAGUGAAAGAGAAGAGGAGGUUUCUCGACUUAUGCGACAGUUGGCGGUAAAGAAUGCUGCUCUUGUCAAGGCUGAUCAAAAUAUAGAAGAAGGCCAUGAGAAGAUCGGAUCCUUGUUGAGCAAGGUUGAGUCCUUGAGUCUUGUACAAGAGCAGAAGCUUCAAUUGCAAGAUGAGGUUGAAAGGCAAAAGGGAAUGGUUAUGAAUUUAGAGUGGCUGAAUGAGGAGAAAUCUCUGAUGUUAUUUGUGUUGAAGUCAGAAAUUUCAGAAGCUCAGUUGAAGCUUGCCGAUGAGAUGGAAAAUAUGGUUCUGGAAAACGUGAAGAGAGACGAAGAGGUUUCAAUCCUUGUGAAACAGUUAAAUAUGAAGAGUGAUGCUCUUGUUAAAGCUGAAACAAAGAUCGAAGAAUGCCACGAGAAGAUUGAAGAAUGCCAUGAGGAAAUAGCAUCUUUGUUGAGAAAGGUUGAGUUCUUGAGUCUUAUGGAACAACAGCACCUUCAAUUGCAGAAUGAGCUUGAGAGUCUUAAGGAAAUGCAAAUGCAUUUAGGACUGCAAAAUGAGGAGAAGUCUCUGACUUUAUUGGUGGUGAAGUUAGGAAUUUCAGAAGCCCAGGCUAAAAUUGCGAAUAUGGCUUUGGAAAACAGUGAGAAAGAAGAUACGAUUUCAGCUCUUCUGAAGCAGUUAGAGAUGAAGAGUGCUGCUCUUGUGAGAGCCGAGGAGAAGAUUGAGUCUUUGUCGAGCACAGCUCAGAAAGAAGAUAAGAUUUCAGCUCUUCUGAAGCAGUUAGAGAUGAAGAGUGCUGCUCUUGUGAAAGCCGAGGAGACAAUAGAGUCUUUGUUGAGCACAGCUGAGUCUGUAAGUCUUAAGGAGCUUAACCAGAUUCAAUUGCAAAAUGAGCUUGAAAAGCACAAGGAGAUGCUCAAGGACGCGUACAGGUGUCAAACUCGCUUGAAGGAGCAAGUUUUGCAAAUGGAAAGGUACUUGAAAAAGGUUGAUGAUGAAUUGAGUGAGAAGUUCUGCGACGGAAAUGAACUGGAAUUUGGAUUGCAAGUAUGGAAAUCUGUUGCUGAAGGAUUGCAAGCUACCCUCGAAGAAAACCAGCAACUCCGUAAACAAGUAGAAGGUUCUCUUCUUGCACAAGUAGGAGUUGAAGUCACUCUCAAACAAGAGAAAGAGAGUCUUGGCCGUGUGGUAGAGGAGAGGGAGAGAAGAAUAGAAGAACUUGAGAGAGACAUCAUGGUGUUGGAUCGAGAACUCAAGACUAGAGAAAAUGUAUCCGGUGGAAUUCAUAAAGAGAUCGAGUGUUUGGAGCAAGAGUGUGUGAGGAGAGAAUUGGAAGGAGUGAUUUUCACACACAUCAAUAUGGAGUUUAGUUAUGAACAUGAGAAGAUGAGUUCUCAACGGCUUUUAGAAGAGAGAGACAAGAAAAUAGAUGAUCUUGAACGGCUUUUGCUAUCGAUGGAAGAAAGGGUGAAAAGUUCGACCACAUCUUUUAAUCUGCUCCACAAGGCUUGGGAGAAGAUUACAGCAGAUGGGGUUCUGAGGGAAAUAGAAAUCCAAGAGAAACUGCUGGUGAUUGCGGAAAUGGAACAUGAGAAGAUGAGUUUUCAAAGGCUUUUAGAAGAGAGAGACAAGAAAAUAGAUGAUCUUGAACGGCUUUUGCUAUCGAUGGAAGAAAGGGUGAAAAGUUCAACUACAUCUUUUAAUCUGCUCCACAAGGCUUGGGAGAAGAUUACAGCAGAUGGGGUUCUGAGGGAAAUAGAAAUCCAAGAGAAACUGCUGGUGAUUGCGGAAAUGGAAAGCGAUUUCGUUAACUUAGAGAAGAAACUGGAGUUGCUGCAGGAAUCGUUUUCUCGUUCAAAGAAGGAAAGUGAGGAGUUUGAAGCUGAAAUGAGAGCCAAUCAGUCGGAGAUAAAGAAACUGACAUCGGAUCUAAGGACUUCAGGUGCCGUAAUUGACAAGAUUGAAAGUGAAAAGAGAACUUUGUUGGAUUUUAUUGGGAGCCUGUUUGAUAGGAUAAGUGAGUUAUCAGAUGAAGACAUGGAGUUGACAGGAGUUUGGGAAAGGAUUGUGCAGAAUUUCGAAAACAAUAAAAGGGUUAUAGACUUGAAAGUUGACAACGAUGAAGAUGAAAUCUUUGAUCCUUCGAAAGAGAAUGUGACUACUCAUCCCUGUUCUACGACAAAGAGAGUCGAUGCCACUGUCAACGAAAGAUCACCAUUUAGAGCACUCAACAGUUAGCGAAAUGUAGCUAUUUUCUAUAUAGCUUUUGGGUUUUCUCUUCCUUGUAUACUAGGUUUGGAACUUCACCAUGCAUGUCGUAUGAUGCUUGGUUUAUGUUUUCAGCUAUGUAUAUGAUCGAUUGUUUCGCACAAUAUUUAUUCAUUCCAUUUAGUGAAGAUCAAACCAUAAAUACGAGUUCCGUUCUUUUUA